GACGAUCAAGUUGGUUUGAAAGGUUCGAAUAUAUCAAAAGUAGGCAAAGUUCAAGAACUGAUCCAAGGACUGUGGCCGAGUUUAUAACGAUUUGACGGUCAAGUUCAAUACCGAGGAUCGCAGGGAGAGAAACCAUGAGUUCCUAGAGCAGGUCGUCGAUACAACUUUGGCCAGAGUCGUCGGUAGUGAAUUUUGAGGUUAUGUUGUGUCGAGGUCAACUAAAUUGGAUUAAUUUUACGCAAUAGGGACGAUGCAACGCUACUGUCAGAGCAGAAAAGUUCACAGAAGAGUUGUGCGAUUAUUCACGCGUUCGAGAUGAUUACCCGGGACGCAUGGGCGAUCGCAAAACUGGCCAGGUUACGGUUUUUACCUCGGGUUUUGACGUUUGGGCGACAGCGGACGGACGAGUAUCUCACGGCGCUACGAACGACCUCGUCCUCUCAUUUUCCAGCUUUGACAGCCUCGGGUCUUGUCAAGCCUUCCACAAUUCGACAGCUGAUUAUGGAUUUGGAAAGUUCAAAUACUCACAAGAAUCACCGGUGUUCCAUUCCAACAAAGCAAGAAAAUGACACAGAUGCCAGUGGGCACAAAAAAUGGUACCGUCAAGUGGGUCAAAGAAUAUUUGUCAACAGAAGUCUCCAUUUGGAGAAUAUCAAAUUCUAUGGCUUCGAUAUGGAUUACACACUGGCGGAGUACAAGUCUCCCCAGUACGAACAGCUUGGCUUCGAUCUCCUAAAAGAUCGUCUAGUUUCUUUGGGAUACCCACGGGAAAUUAAGGAAUUUGAGUACGAUCCCAGUUUUCCCGUAAGAGGAUUAUGGUUCGAUACGCUUUAUGGAAACCUGCUAAAAGUUGACGCUUACGGAAAUAUUUUGGUCUGCGUUCAUGGAUUUGAGUUCCUCAAACAUUCCCAGGUUUAUGAACUCUACCCAAACAAAUUCCUUCAACUGGAUGAAUCUCGAGUCUACGUUCUAAAUACUCUUUUCAACUUGCCAGAGACGUACUUGCUAGCAUGUUUGAUCGACUUUUUCACCAAUUCCCCGCAAUUCACUCGCGAGAAGACGGGAGUGAAGGAAGGGGAAUUGACGAUGAGUUUCAAAAGCAUCUUCCAAGAUGUGAGAAAUGCGGUGGACUGGAUUCACAUCCAGGGUGACUUGAAGAGCAAGACGAUAGAAAAUUUAGAUCAGUAUGUGAAAAAAGAUGAGAGGCUACCAAUGUUUCUUGCCAGGAUAAGGGAGAGCGGUGCCAAAAUUUUCCUCCUCACAAACAGCGACUACGUUUUUACUGACAGAAUCAUGACGUACUUGUUUGAUUUUCCACACGGUGCACGACCAGACGAACCACACAUGAACUGGAAGACCUACUUCGACAUCAUUGUUGUAGAUGCGAGAAAACCUCUAUUUUUUGGAGAAGGUACAAUUUUGAGACAAGUGGACACCAGGACAGGCGCCCUAAAGUUGGGAACUCACAAAGGACCUCUUCAUACGGGUGAAGUAUAUUCCGGAGGAUCCUGUGAUGUAUUUACUGAACUGAUAGGUGCUAAGGGAAAAGAUGUUCUGUACGUUGGUGAUCAUAUAUUUGGUGAUAUUUUGAAAAGUAAGAAGAUCCGAGGCUGGAGAACUUUCUUGAUAGUUCCUGAGCUGGUACAGGAACUUCAUGUUUGGACCGACAAGUGUCAACUUUUCGCCGAGCUGCAAAGUUUGGAUGUUAUGCUGGGAGAAAUGUACAAAAAUUUAGACAGCAGCACCAAGGAGAAACCAGACAUCUCUAAAUUGAGAAUGUCCAUAAGAGACGUGACACACAAAAUGGAUCUUUCCUACGGAAUGAUGGGUUCACUUUUCAGAAGUGGAAGCCGACAGACUUUCUUCAGUAGCCAAGUUGUGAGAUAUGCGGAUCUCUACGCUGCCACUUUCCUAAACUUAAUUUAUUAUCCCUUCUCGUACAUGUUCAGAGCGCCUGCAAUGCUUAUGCCUCAUGAAAGCACAGUUGCUCAUGAACAGAGGUUCGUGAUGGAAACUCCAAUGAUCAGUCGCACAAGAACAUUUAGACUUCCCGACGAAGAAGAGGAACAACACCGAAUCCUGACUAACGCACUGGAGAUAGAGCAGAACAAUAUUCAGAUUCCUCACGCAAGACCUGAAACGCCGAGAAAUGUGACUCACACACACGAUGAAGAUUGCAGCGAUGAAGAUAGUGACUCACAAAAACAAGGAAAUCAGGAGAAAUCGAGUGCAAAGAAAACUGAGCAACCUUAAAGUCACGUUUUAUGGUACUUGCCAAAACUCGGUAUCUAUGAAAUUAAAAAAAAAAAUAAUAAUGAUUAAAAAUGAUUCCGAUUGCGAUAAUCGCAAUUAAUAGAAAAAGAAUCUAGGAUUUCCAAGGUCUACGAGUAAUACAAUCUGCAAAUUCCAAGUGCAUUAGCGACAUAUUUCAUGUUUGUUGUCGAGGGUAACGCGUAUUCUGAAAUACUUGGCUCAAAUUUUUUUUACAUCGAAAAUUCGUGGACAGGUGUAAAAGUAUUAAAAGUCAGGCGUUUGGAUCACUUGUUACUGUUUUAUAAAAUUUCUUUCGAGAGACAGGACACGUAUGUUUAGAUAGAUAAUAAUUGUUAUUUUAUACGUAUUGAUAGAAUUAUUAAAUUGAUAGACACUUCGUAAAUCGACGAUAUAGUUUUUUAAUUUCGUACCACUCUUUUUCUGCCAAGGUUUCUUCAAAGCCUUUUUAUUUGAUAGGAGUAGUUGAAUAUGACGAAUGGUCAAUUUUAAAUCUCGUGUAGUAAAAAAUGUGAAUGUUUUACGAAUUUGUAAAUUGAUAUGAAUACUGUAAACGUUUAUAUUGGAUUAGGAAUUUAAGAGGAAAAGAAUUUUAGAAACAGGGAAAUUAGAAAUGAGAAUUUUGUGAAAUGUAACUCUUCUUUCAAAUCCAUCAAAUUCGUCACGAAAGUUUCGGGAUGAUUAAGAGAGAAAACAAAUACAAUAUAAAAAGACAAAAAUAUCGUUUGAGAUACUCAUAAAACCUGAGAUUCGAUUUUAGAAUUAUAAUUGUAGUUGCAUUAGAAGAAUCGUCUACUCAAUUUCGUAAAUUUGCUUUCACGAGAGUUGAGGAGCGAUAAUUCCGCACAAUGUCGGAUAGAAACUUUGCUGUUAAAAA